UAUUUCCGCCAUUGCCUGAGAUAGUUGGAAAAUCAUGGGCAAGCCUAGAGGUCUGCGCACUGCCAGAAAGCAUGUGAAUCACCGUCGCGACCAGCGUUGGGCCGACAAGGACUACAAGAAGGCCCAUUUGGGCACCAGAUGGAAGGCCAAUCCUUUCGGCGGUGCUUCUCACGCCAAGGGCAUUGUCCUUGAGAAGGUUGGUGUUGAAGCUAAACAGCCUAACUCUGCCAUCCGCAAGUGCGUAAGAGUGCAGCUGAUCAAGAACGGCAAGAAAAUCACUGCAUUUGUGCCCCGUGACGGUAGCUUGAACUACAUUGAGGAGAACGACGAGGUGUUGGUUGCCGGUUUCGGUCGCAAGGGUCACGCCGUCGGUGAUAUUCCCGGUGUCCGUUUCAAGGUCGUCAAAGUGGCUAACGUCUCCCUGUUGGCGCUGUACAAGGAAAAGAAGGAACGCCCAAGAUCUUAGAUGAGGACACAUCUACAAUUUUCCAGAAUUAGGGUUUUACAAAACCAAAUAAAAAAACAAAACUAACUUUUGAA